AUGGACGACGGUGAUCAAGGCACCCCUCAGAGGACGGGGGUCACCAGGGAGCGGCGAUGGACCGCAGACUCCACCCCUCCACCCCAAGCCCACAAGGAGGGCAGCAGCGGCUGGCUCCGGGGGUCCCCGCGCGGACAGCACGGCACAGCCCGCACGGCGCGAUGCCCGCCGGCCCAGCCGGGGGAGCCCAGUGACACGCGCAGUGUCCUAAGCACACUGGCCGGCAGAGCCACACGGACACGGCCAGCCGGUCUGCAGGCCAGACAGGCCCUGCGAGGCUUCGUGGCGGCUGCCGGAGAACGGAGUGUGUGGGAGCCUCGGCACGACGCAAGUGACGCCGACGGCGGCUGGGAGAAGCCAGGGGGCGGGAAGGCAGGGGACCCCACGGAGGACUUCGUGCCCGGCAGCAGCACCGCCCACGGCACCGCCGGCCUGGACGGCGCCCACACGGAGGACCCCAGGACCUGCCUCCCGGGGCCUGAUGGAGGCCGCAGCCUCCUUCGGCAUCCAGGCCUCCGCACCCUCCGACGGCCCGGCUCUCCCGUGGUCCUGCUGCGCACGCUGGCGGGCCCAGGGCCGAGCCCUGGCCUGCCCCCUCCUGUGGGCACACAGGUCCUGCGUGACCUCCCCCGGCCCCACGACGAAGACACGCUCGCUCACGGACUGCGGGGCACGCUCACGCCCCAACUGGCCCCCCUCAUCCUUCAGCACGAGGAGCCUGCAGAGCCUGGCUGUGCCACCAAACCCGUGUGGGAUUUGGAGCGACAGAGUGCACCGCGGCGAACCGCGGCCACAGCCCGAGGUGAGGAACAGCAACAACACACCACGCGAUGCGACCCCGAAACCAAGACCAUCCGACGCGAGGCGGAGUCACCGCGAGUCUCUCCGCCGAGGGCUCUGCCAUCCGAGGCAGAGGUGCCUCCGGCCGGCGCCGGCCCCGGCCCCGGCCCCGGCCCCGCAGGAAGCCGGCAGGCCGCCGCCGGCUCCCGCGAGACCCCGGGACGCGCCCCGGCGCCCGCCGCGCGCGCCGCUGCCGCUCCUCCCGGCGCGCGAGCAGACCCUCGGGAGGCAGCAGGGGCCGGGGAGAGCCGCGCACCGGCCCCGCAAGCGGGUCCCCGCACGCGGCCCCGCGGGUCCCAGUCCCGGCCCGACACCCUUCUCGAACGUCAGCUUCCGCACAAAGAGUCUUUGUUCCUUGUCCCAGUCCCUGCGCCCGGUCCGCCCGAGCCCCCGCACCAGGCUCCCCGCACGGCUGCACCCAGCGACAAGGAAGCGUCACGGGGCCGCGCCAGCCACGGCUCGCGAGGUGUCCGCCCCACCCCGCGCGCCCGCACCUCUGCCGGCGCGUCCCGGCGGAGCCCGGCCCGCGAGACGCUCCCGCCGCCGCCCCGCGCCGCACACACCGCGCGGCGGGGCCGGGAGGGGCAGGAGGACCGCGCGGAGCCGGCCGGCCGCGGGCGCUGUUCGGAAUCCCCGCGGCCCGGCCGGGCCCGGUGCCCCGCAGGCGGGCUGGGCGGCGGCGCCCCAAACCGCAGGCUCCGGCCCGUAACCGCCCAGCCCGACCCGGGAGAAGAACGGCGCGGGCCGGUCAACGACCUCAGGCCGGCGAGUCGCACCUUCCGGCGGACACUGCCACUUCCAGGAACCGGGGCCGCCACCACCCCCACGGCCAGGCGACGCGCUCCCCGCCCAGCAGGCAGCCGCCCCGCGCCGCCCCGCGCCGCCCGGCACAGGCCUGCAGCCCCCACCGCGCGCCGCCGCCGGGACCCUCCGGGAAGGGGCGCGGGACGGCCGAGCCACUCACCAGAGCCGAGGCGCGGCGCGGCCCGACCGACUGCAGCCAGCGAGCCGGGCGGGCAGCGGUCAGGUGACUCACCGCCUCCCGGAGGCCGGCCGCCCGCUCCCUCCCCUCCGCUCCGCUCCCCGCCCCUCAGCCCCCGCGGCCGCCGCCACCUCCCGGCGCCGGGCCCCACCCACUUCCCGAGGCCCCGCCCCCAGGCCCUCCUCGCGAGACCCCGGCCCGCCCUUCCCGGGGCGCCGAGGCCCCGCCUCCAGGCCGCCUCCCGCGACCUCGCCCCGCCCCGCAGCCGCGGAGCGCCUAGCGGAGGGAUUCUCGCCAGGGUCCGGGUGGCUGUGGCUGCGCAGACUGACGCUCGCGCCGUGCUCGCGGGGAGGGGACGCGCGCCACGGGGUCGGAGUAGAACUCGGGAGGCGGCGACAGGGUCCGCUCAGUCGGCUGCUGGAAGCUCCGGCCACGCGAGGACGCCUCCUUCCCUGCUGGGGGCGGGAAGGAGGAGGCCGGCGGCCCGGCGUUGUCCCCGAGGCGGGGGCGGGGCGCCCAGGUUCGCGGAGAACUGCCACCCGCAGGUGGGAGAGCGUCCCUGCGCCCGGCGCCUGGGCAGCAUGCCGCAGCACCGCGCCCCUCGCCCAGACACAGGGUCCCCUCCGCUGCGGCUUUCCGGACCCUGGAGCCCAAGCCAGCGCCUGCUCGGCCUUCGUCUACGGCCGCUUAUUCUGGCCUUCACUCGGCGGCAGUUUUAA